ACCUUGUCGCCCUUGUCGCUUGCGGCGUCAUCUAAUCAUCCAUCCAUCCACUUACUACUUACCACUACUUCAAUUAUCUACUGCCUGGUCUACCUAAUCUUGACCUCCAACUUCCACCUUAUCUGUCUGCCUAGACCGCAACAAUCUCCCGAUAAACUAGGCGACACUCUAACGUCUCAACCUCGAUCACCUCGAAUCCAUCGUACUUUCGAUAAUCACUCUCGAUACGUCUGUAUUCUCAGACACGCUAGAAAAGCGACGUCAUCUCCUCAACCACCACCUUAUCGACGAUACACCCCGCGAUCGAUAUCAUAUCCCUAUCCCUAGCCGAUACUAGCAAGAUCCCGUCGCCAAAUCAAUCUCAGCUUCGACAAAUCAUCAUCGACUAUCGAUCACCAUGUCCGGCGUUUGGGGUUGGUUCGGCGGCGGCGCUGCCCAGAAGAAGAAGGACAGCCCCAAAAAUGCUAUUCUUGGCCUAAGAGCGCAGUUGGAUAUGCUGCAGAAGCGCGAAAAGCAUCUCAUGGCACAGAUGGAGGAGCAAGAUGCUAUCGCACGGAAGAAUGUCAACACAAAUAAGAAUGCCGCGAAGGCCGCGCUGAGGAGGAAGAAGGGACACGAACACAGCCUCGAGCAGACCAUAUCGCAAAUCGGAACCCUCGAGCAGCAAAUUAACGCUAUCGAAUCGGCAAAUAUCAAUCGGGAGACUUUGGCUGCGAUGGAGAGAGCAGGCGAGGCAAUGAAGCACAUCCACGGCAAGCUCACACCCGAGAAAGUCGACGAAACCAUGGACAAAUUACGGGAGCAGAACGCACUCAGCGAAGAAAUCGUUGCGGCGAUUACGAGCAACCAGAUCGGAGAACCCGUGGACGAGGAAGAUCUAAACGACGAGCUCGAGGCAAUGCAACAGGAACAGCUCGACAAGAAGAUGCUCGAGUCGGGAAGCGUACCUGUGUCGGAUGCGAUUCACAGGAUGCCUGCUGUUGGGAACCAGGAGAUCCCGGCCAACAAACAGGCUGCCCUCGAGGAGGACGACGAAGAAGCGGAACUCCGGAAAUUGCAAGCGGAGAUGGCCAUGUGAUAGUUCGGUUGUUCAAGUUACCCCCUUUGCUCCCACGUUGCCAAUGGCAGCAACAUCAGGCUCGAGAAAGAAUUUCGGUAGUGGGACUCUAGAAUGGACGAUUGCAUGGGGAGCUGUGGUAUUGGCACAUUUGUGCUGCGAUGGAAGUUUGGAUCAAGCCGCUCUGAUCUGGACGGAGAUGUAAGAGACGCAUAGCAGCCCCCUUCGAAUCAAAUUUCCCCAUUUCUAACUACGGCGUCGGCGUUUUGAGACCAUGGUGCUUCAUUGGCGGUAACUCAUUUUCAGCAUGUUCAGUUGACGGAUGAAAGAUGUUCUAGUCUACCUACAUAAACUAACUUAUUGACAAUAUCACUGGUGCGAGGCCAAUUUCUCGAAUACUAAUGGUCAAUAUAUAAGAUCGUCGGCGAAUCUUGUGAUCUGCCUAGUGAAACCGGAAAGGUAAUCCUAAUAUAAUUAUUAUCCCUCGGCCGAUCAAAUUAAAGCAAAAGAAUCUUGCACUUUAAAUUGCACAUGA